AUGAUCACCGCGCACCAGGCGGAUCCCACCGAGGAUCUCAGGCGCGAGCGAAGCCAGGCAUCCUUCCCCUCACGCGAGCUCGCCGCGCUCAUGGCUGGGGGCGAGGCGCAGCUCAAGCUUCGAGAGCGGAUCGCGGACGCCGUGCGAGCGGACCCGGUGUUCAGCAAGAAGGGAAAGUACUUCAUGGAACGCGCCGACCUGUACCGCACCACCCUGGAGAAGUACCUCGCGCUGCCCAGGCUCGCCACCGCCAUCGACCCGAACGAUCCCAUCACCGUCGGCAAGAUCAUCCGCGAGCUCAUUGACGAACCCGGCGGCCUCGACCUCCACCUCGGCAUGUUCAUACCCACCAUCCAGGGCCAGGGCGACGAAGAGCAACGGAAACACUGGCUGCCCAUGUGCACCAAGCUGCAAAUCAUCGGAACCUACGCUCAGACGGAGCUCGGUCACGGCACCUACAUUCGCGGUCUCGAGACCACGGCGACGUACGACGCGGAGAAGGAGCAGUUUAUCAUCCACUCGCCCACGCUCACGGCGACCAAGUGGUGGCCGGGCGGGAUGGGAAAGACGUCCACGCACGCGGUCGUCAUGGCGCGGCUCAUCACCCACGGCCGAGAUCGCGGCCCCCACGCGUUCGUCGUGCAGAUUCGGCGGAACGAAGAUCACCAGACGAUGCCGGGCGUCACCGCCGGUGAUAUCGGACCCAAGAUGGGAUACAACGCGGUGGACAACGGGUUCCUCCGGUUCGAUCACGUCCGCGUCCCGAGGCGCGCGAUGCUCAUGCGGUACAGCAAGGUUGACCCAGACGGGACGUUCCACCCGCCGCCUGUCGCCAAAGCGAGUUACGGGACGAUGGUGUUUGUCCGCAGCGACAUCGUGAUGAACGCGGCGCUGUACAUGAAAAAGGCUGUGACCAUCGCCAUGCGGUACAACCUGGUGCGAAGGCAGUCGAACCCGGGGGGCGAGAAGGCCAGCGGCGGUGUGGGACAAAAAGGGUUGGAGUUGCAGGUGAUUGACUACCAGCACUCGCAGCGGUCGUUGUUUCCCAUCCUGGCCAGGGCCUUCGCGUUCCACUGCACGUCCGACUUUAUGCGGCGCAUGUACUUUAGGUACGAAAAGGUGAGCACUCGAAAGGGCGAUUUCAGCGCUCUUCCCGAGCUUCACGCCACGUCAUCGGGGCUCAAAGCGUACUGCUCGUGGGCCACCAAAGACGCGAUCGAGCUCUGCAGGUUAUGCUGCGGCGGGCACGGGUUCAUGAUGCUCGCGGGAUUCGGGACGACGUUUGGAAAUUACGCCCCGAACGCCACCUACGAGGGCGACAACAACGUCCUGUGCCUUCAGACGGCGAGGUACCUCCUCAAGGUUGCGAGAGCCGUCGCGAAGGCUGCCGCGCGAGGUGGGGACGUCCGGGAUGCCGAGGAGGGCGCGCAGGGCACGUCCGCGUACAUCCUCGAGGGCGGCGGGGGUUUGGAGCCCGGGUGCCAGCUGGGCAAAUCCGUCGGGCUGCGGGACACGGAGGCGGCCCUUGGGGCCUUUGCGCACGCCGCCCGGCGGCAGAUCCUCGCCGCGGCGUCGCGCGCGGGAACCCUCGGCGCCGAUGCGGCCAUGUCCCGCGACAUGGUGGCCUGGAUCAAGGCGGCGAAGGCGCACUGCGCGUACGUGGUGCUGCUGAAUUUCGUGGACGCGGUGGCGGAAUCCAAGCCGAGGGUGAGCUCGGCGACGGCGGCGGUGAUGGAUCGGCUCGUGUCGCUCCACGCGCUGGCCACGAUGGACGACAACAUGGGGGAUUUCCUGGAGGACGGCCACGUGUCGGCGGACCAGGCGGCGGCGAUCCGCGCGGAGGUGGCGGUGCUCCUCGCAGAGCUGAGACCCGACGCGGCGGCGCUCGUGGACUCCUUCGCGCUGGACGAUUACUUCCUCAACUCGGCGUUGGGCUCGCACGACGGAGACGUUUACAGGAGGCUGUACGACGAGGUUCAGUCGGCGCCGUUCAACGCGUCGCACGUGCCGCCGGGGUACGCGGACUUGCUGCACUCGCGGCUCAUCAAGGGCGCCGGGCGAAGUAGGCUGUGA